ACCACUGUAUAUAUAUUGCUGACCCAAGCUUGACUCUGGCUCCUGACAAUCAGUGAUGCUUAUUCUGAAUUGUGACUAGACUGUUAAUUCUCCUGGAAUGCUACCAGGUACACUGACAUUCAAAAUACAAAAGUCCAGUCAGCGUGCAAAACCCUACAUAAUUACAGGUAUUGUCUUUGGAAUGGCGUGCAUUUAUCAGAGGAGAAGCGGCUCUUUUUGGAGGGUAAGUAUGGUGGUGUGCAUAAAGGACAGUCUCAUUUGGCCCCCAAGCUAUGUCAAGAUGAUACUGAUAGGCUUUAUGGCUCCAAUAAAUCCCUAGCUGAAGUGGAAUGGCACUUACACAAGAACAGGAAGUUGGCUUCAGAAUACCCCUACCUGAAGUGGAAUAGUAUUUAUAAAAGAACAGGAAAUUACCUUGAACUACUCAAAGAAGCACCAGGAUGUUCCUACUUAUUGAUGGACUGUCUUGGCUGCUUGAAUGCCCACUACCAUUUCCUUAUACAAAAAUGUAUAAAGUGCCUUCACUAAGCAGCAAGCACCCACAUCAGACAGCAGUCAUGCAGGGCAGUCACAUUGCUGUCCUGAUCCUGGAACUUCUCAUAUGCUCAUAUGCUGCCGCUCAGCAAAUAUCAGGAAGAUAUCCUUCAAAAUGCAAACUCCCUAUAGAAACAGGAAAAUGCAAAGCAAGCUUUCCAAGAUUUUACUUUGAUCUCCACACCAGGAAGUGUGAAGAAUUCGUUUACGGCGGCUGUGGAGGCAAUGCUAAUAACUUCAGGAAUUCGGCGGAUUGCAUUUGGGAAUGUGAAAGGUUUGAAUUGCUGCCUGAAAAAUGCAAACUCCCGCUAAACAAGGGAGUAUGGGGCAGAAAACCCACAGUGAGAUAUUUCUAUGAUUUCAAAAAGAAGAAGUGUACAAUGUUCUUUUAUAAUGGCUUUGGAGGCAAUAAAAACAACUUUCUGCAUAUUCGACAAUGUAUUCAGCAGUGUGCAGAUGUUGUAUAUAUGCCCAAGAGAUGUAAGCUCCCUGUAGUCAGUGGACCCUGUAGAGCGUACUUUCGUCGCUACUUCUAUAAUACCAAGACCAAUAGGUGUGAGCUGUUUAUCUAUGGUGGCUGUAUGGGCAAUGAGAACAACUUUACAGAACGGAUAGAUUGCAUCCGUCAGUGCCAAAGUUACGGCCCAUAUGAAGACUAUGACCCCAAACAACGAUUCCCCUGAUUAAUCUUUCAUUGUGUCCUCUCAUGGAGCAAAGGCACCGAGUGAAAGAAUGCUGACUCUCUUGCAGCUGUACCAAACUUUGUGGGAAUUUCUUGCCAAUGAACUCAACUUUUCUUCAGCAAAUUUUAGUCUGCUCCUUGAGUGUCAUUGUCCUCAGUCUCUUUUUAUCGA